ACUCGCACCAGGCAGUCGGUUUGCUCACAUCGCAUCGGUGUAAGUGCGGAUACGCGAAGUGCGCGUCCCGAGGCAGCUGUCAACUCCCUCGCCGUGGACAACUUAUUGUUUGAGUUCUACGCCGUGUCAGGAGACCAUACCUGCUCGCUACGAAGGACAAGUGCAAUCAGCCGUGUCAUACUUUUUUUUUCAUCCCGCUGCACAGAGAAGCACCACUAUGUUACGUGCCCAGUGAGGAGAGUCUUUUAUACAGUAUCGGAGACGGUGUUACGAGGCAGGGACGAGGACCGAGGAGCUUCCAGCAGCAACUCACAAAGAUACAAUGAAUACCAGCACAAGCAGCUCAGUGGGACAGAGAUAACUAUACAUGGGCAACUAGAACACCACUACAAAACCAAGAAAGGCAGAGCUGCAUCGCGUGUGUGUGUGUGAGUGGCCGUGAGGAGACAGCGCGAUGUCUCGUCACGUGCACAGGUUCGAGCGCGGGGAUUACGGCCGUGGAGGCCCAUGGGAACGGCGCGAGCGGCACCCUCUGCCCCUGCACAACGGGGUGUGCAGCCCCGCCACUCCCCCCAUCGCCAACGGCAACAACCGUCCGGGCCUGCUCCCCUUGCCCCUCCCGUCCCUGCUGCCCACCCCCGUCACUAUUGCCGUGACGUCCAGCGCCAGCCCCCCCGACCUGACGCACAAACGCAACGGCCUGCCCGUGGCCAGCUCUCCUCACACCGUCAAGGCAUCAGGCCUUUCCCCGGGGGACUCCCAGGCUCCAGGCCUCCUACUAGCCCCAGGGGUGCGGUGGGGCCAGACACCCAUCAACCAGUCCACGCCCUGGGACACAGACGAGCCACCCGUCAAACAGCACAGAGACACAGAGCCAACGGGUCCCCCGUGGGCGCCCCCGGUGGUGUCGGUGAGUCAGCCUGUGGGCCUGCUGACCCACUCCUACAGCCUGCCCCAGCCGCCCUCCUACAGCCAGGGCGCCUCGGUCCAGUCGCCCGUCAUGGCCUACAGCCAGGCCGUGUCCGUCCAGUCCCCCGUCAUCGGCGUCACCCCGUCCAUCCACCACCCUCCCCUGGUGGCCACCGCCCACUACCAGCUGCCCCCCCACUCCACCGCCUCCCAGCACGGACCCCCGCCACCGCCACCACAUCCUCACCCACCCGCCAGCCUGCUCCUCAACCUGCCCAACCCCCCGCCCCACUACGCGGGCAGCCAGCCUCCGUUGACCACGCCGGGGCCCGCCGCGCACCCCUCGCCCCACGCCCCGGCCCCGCUCAUGGGCAACGGCCACCACCUCAGCCACCCGCACCCGCUCAUGCCCCCUCCGACCCUGCCCGCGGCCGCGCUGCCCCUCACCAACGGGCAGCCUGCGGGUCCACCCCCGGCCUCCUGCGCGCCCCCCUCGACGCCGCACUCCUCCCCGGUCUUGGCUAUCGCCGCUGGGCAGAGUAGUAGCAGCAACGGUGGUCCACACUUCUCCUCCCCCUCCUCCUCAUCCUCCUCCUCCCCCUCCUCCUCCUCCUCCUCCUCCUCCUCAUCCUCCUCUUCGCAAGAGGCCCCCAAUGGGCUACAGAUGCUACGCACUGUGGGGAUGGGCAAAUACGAGUUCACGGACCCCGGGCAUCCGAAAGAGAUGCUGAGAGAGCUGAACCAGCAGAGGAGAGAGAAAGAGUUUACAGACCUGAAAAUUAUAGUUGAAGGCAAAGAGUUUGAAGUCCAUCAAAAUGUUGUAGCGUCCUGCAGCUUGUAUUUCAAGGACCUGGUCAAAAGAUCGUCGGGAGAGACGCGGGUGGGCGAUAAGCUGGAGCUGCGUAUGAGUAGCAUCAGUGCGGAGGUCCUGGAGCUGCUGCUGGAGUUCGUCUACACCGGCUCCCUCGUCAUCGACGCGGCCAACGCCAAGACGCUCCUGGAGGCCGCCAACCGCUUCCAGUUCAACACCUUCUGCAAAGUCUGCGUCUCAUUCUUAGCAGACAAGUCACACGUGUCGGAGCUGCUGGCGGUGGUGCGUCUGCCCUUCAUCCACCCGUCCUACCUGCUAAAUGUGGUGGACAACGAGGAGCUAAUCAAGUCUUCGGAGGCGUGCCGCGACCUGGUCAACGAGGCCAAGCGCUACCACAUGCUGCCCCACGCACGCCAGGACAUGCAGACGCCAAGGACCCGGCCACGGCUGUCCGCAGGUGUGGCGGAGGUGGUGGUGUUGGUGGGGGGUCGGCAGGUGAUCGGGAUGAGCCAGCGCCCGCUGACGGCCGUCACCUGCUUCAACCCCCAGAACAGGAAGUGGUUCCCAUUGGCCAGCCUGCCCUUCUACGACCGCGAGUUCUUCAGCGUGGUCUCGGCCGGAGACAACAUCUAUCUCUCAGGGGGUACGGAGUCAGGUGUGAUGGUGUCUGACGUGUGGUGCUACAUGUCUCUGCUGGACAACUGGAACUUGGUGUCGCGCAUGACAUCACCCCGCUGUCGCCAUAGCAGCCUGGUGCAUGAUGGGAAACUCUACGCCAUCGGAGGCCUGGGUGUCGCCGGAAACCUGGAUCAUGUGGAGAGGUACGACACCAUCACCAACCAGUGGGAGUCGGUGUGUCCCCUGCCCAAGCCGGUGCACUCGGCGGCUGCCACGGUGUGUGGAGGGAAGGUGUACGUGUUCGGAGGGGUGAACGAGGCCGGGCGGUCGGCGGGAGUCCUGCAGUCCUACGUGCCCCAGACCAACACCUGGAGCUUCAUCGAGUCGCCCAUGAUAGAUAACAAGUACGCCCCAGCGGUGAGCCUGAAUGGCUUGGUGUACAUCCUGGGCGGAGCCUAUGCGCGGGCCACCACCAUCUACGACCCCUACAAGGGAAACAUCAAGGCCGGACCCAACAUGAACCACUCACGCCAGUUCUGCAGCGCGGUGAUCCUGGAUGGGAAGAUCUAUGCCACCGGCGGUGUGGUGAGCAGCGAGGGGCCGGUCCUGGGCAGCAUGGAGGUGUUCGACCUGAGCUCCAACGCCUGGACCCUACUGCAGAACCUCCCCUGCCCCCUCUUCAGACAUGGCUGCGUCGUCAUCAAGAAGUACAUCCAGAGCGGCUGACACAUAGCCGCGCGGAGAGGCGCCGUCUCAGCAUCCCCACUCCAGUCCUUUCCUCUCCUGGCCGUUUCCUUUCGGCCUCGUGCCUCAGUGUCACCCCCUCCUCCCGUGGAGGAUACUACAACAACAACAAGGUUUCCCGGGCGACAACAAGGUUUCCCAGGCAACAACAAGGUUACCCAGACAACAGAUUUUCCCAAGCCGCUGUCAAGCAGCGCAAAGACGCCUUUUAGGGUUUUUCCCUUUUUUCAGUACCCUGACUGCAAACGGGAGAGUUCAGUUGCGGAUUAUGUUUUUGUGAGAUAGUAAAUGAAAAAAAACGUAUUGUAUUGAACUGUCGGUGAUGAUGUGGAGGGAGUCCAGAGGAAGCACUGGAGGGGGGUAUUGAGAUGUGCCCAGAGAGACAACAUCAUGGACACCAGGAUGGGGCAGAAUGGACUGUGGGAUUGUCUGGACAGGGAAGGUCAAUAGACCCGGCUCAAUGGACCUGGCUGGCUUAGCUGGGCCCAAUUUAAUAUAUAUAUAUACCUUAUACAUGUGUUACAUGGGUAAACACAGUGUUGUGAGGAGGGGCAAGACACUGGCAGCCAACCACGUGAGCUUAUUUUUUGACCGCCAGCGGUUUCCAACAAUCAGAGGUUGAGUUGUGCGCAGCUAGAGUCGCGCAGCCUGGAGAAAACAAACAUUUAGCACCCAUGUAUGGCUACCCCAAACACCUCCCAAACUACUGCCAUAGCUGGAAUGGUGGCAUGUCACAGCAAAGAAUCCUACAAGACACCUCCUACAGCACCAUGGAGCAUUGGUAGCACAUGGAGCAUUGAGCAUCGGUAGAACAUCACUGACCUGCCAAUCUUCUUUUGGCCCGUCUCUUGAGUGUAAAAGGAAGUGACGUCAUCCAUCUCUUCAACUGUAUUUGGCCUCAGAAUUUCAUAAUGACCAUCACAGAGAAAUGACAUCAGACAGCCACAGUCUGUCUUAAGCUAAUGCCAUGUCCCCUCUUAUAUGAACCCUUCUAUAGCAUCUCA